AAAUGUUAAUAAAGAAUUGUUUAAAGCGAUUUAUUUUAGCCCGCUAGCUGGUUGGUAACGGCUGUGUCCCAAACGGCUCUAUGGUCCCUACUUAAGUGCCCUGGAUGCAUAUUGUUCACACUCAGCUGAUGUCGCCUGUCUAGUGCUUUACUUUAUAAAGCGGCGUUAAUCAGGAUACGGCCCGUGUAAAGCUAAUCUAACCUAGGUGAAUGUUAACGAACAGGUUGUCAGCUGAACGUGGAUCCUUAUACUUCUCGAGCAAUGUAAGGAGGUCGUACUUACUCACAGAGAUGGAGACGAGCGCCAUAGAUGAGCUUUAUGGUGAUCUUGCUCAGGAACAUCAUGAUUCUGUCCUGAAUUACGACGAAGACACCGUGGAUAUUUAUUCGGGGCUUGAGGACAGUCCCAAUAGAAAUAAAGAUCACGGCAAGAAGAACAACGCUUUUGUUUCACCUAACAGGGUGAAGGAGUCGUUAGAUUUGUACGAGGAACUCAUUACCGAAGAGCAAGAGGAGAAAGACACAACCUAUAAUGAGUUGAAAAGUAAAUUCGUUGCGGCACAAAACCAAGUGCAAGAUUUGCUUGCACGGUUGCAGCAGAUGCAAACUAAGAACUCAAGUUUACAUCAUGAAAACACUCAGCUCAAGAAAAACAUAUGCGCACUUAUCAAAACUGCUAAGAUCGAGAUUGUGAGGAAGGACGAGGUCAUAAGCAAAUUAAGCAAAAGAUCAAACCGGGGUGGUUUCCAUCCGUCUUCGAAGGAAAGAGGACACGAUGCCUACAGCAGGAGCUCACCGAGUGUAAACACAAUCACUGGUCCUGUGAGGGAGUCUCAGGAACGUAAAAGAGAUGAGGUACCAGCAGAGGUGUCACAGGGUAGACCGACGUUUCAUCGGCCCGGUGAUCCGUCUGAGGUGGAUUCAACACCCUUGUCGUCUGUGAUUCUGACCAGGAGCAACCUUGACAAACCUUUAAAUCGGCAAAAUAAGGAUUCUCACGGUUUAGAUUUGCUUCCGAACUCUAUCGAUAACAGACAAUUUCGGGGUAACAGCUCUGAGACUAGCAAAAGCUCUGAGACUAGCACUAGGCAGAGCGUUUGUGACGAAGCAGGUUGCAGGAGAGGAAUGAAACAGGCUGGUAAAGAGAGCGCCUCAAAAGAGGACUCGUGUGAAAGAUCUCAAACCAAGAUGGAUAAAAACGGAUCAGAAAGAGAUCAAAAGAAGAUCGCAAGAAGCACUUGUGGAUCAAGCAGUAGUGAAAAUCAACUGCGGGAUGACCUGGCAACACUCAGGAGAUCCGGUCACUCAAGGAGUCCUUCCUCUCAUGCCUCCUCGUCUACACCAGAGUCUAGAUUAAAUAUAGACAUGCAGAGCAGGAAAGAUGAACCCUGGCAUAAGCAAGGACAGGAAAGACCGAGUGAAAAAACAGAGGUUUCUGGCUGUAGAAGCGAAAAGAGCAGCUCGGACAAGUCGCACGGAAAGAUGGAGAAAAGAGGGUCGAGGGAACAUCACAGAAAAGAGGAAAGGAGGCAAGAGGGUACGAGCAGCUCGGAAAGGAGACGCAACAAAACUGACGGGAUCAAGGAGCGUGAGUAUAGAAAGACUCGUAGUGAAGAAAGGAAUAGAGGAGGUGAAAAGAAUAGCAAUAGGGGGGAGAGAAAAAGCACCAGGUCUGAGAUUAGUAAAGAACAUGAGCGACAGAGUGGCAAAGAUUCAGGUACCACAAGGAGGAUGGGUAAUCAUGCAGACAAGAGCCGCGUCAGUGACGGAAACGACCGAAGCCGCGCCGACGUGCGUGAGAAUAGACGUCAUGCUUCGCCACUUAAACCACAUCACAGUGCUCAAGAUCUCAGAAAAGAUCCAGCUGACCGAAGGAGAACGUCCGACAGAACCGAAGCGUCAUCCAGGAGCAAGGCGUCAAGCGGUCAUGGCGAUACUAGAGGAGAGACUUGUACGAGUUCUGAUAGACAUGGUGUCGGAAAAGGGAAGAGCGAUAAAGAAAAACGAAGUGGCUCUUCAGACAAAGGCUCAAAAAUCGCUCUGGAUAAUGCAAGGAUACACAAAACGAGCGAGGACGGGAACGUUCAAGCAGACGGUCUCGCAAACACCAGAAGAAAAUCGCCAGUAAGGUUAACCGGCAGCUGCGAUAGCUCUGCCAUGCGAGAAGAGAGUAGUCCAAAAAGGAAAUUAACCUUUAUGGAAACUCUAAACCUGACUCUCUCACCAGUUAAAACGCAAAACACCUCCGAGCAACCCCGAGAGCCGGCGCAGACGACUCCUGACGACACCCUGGCAAGCAAUCCGACUAAAGACAGGAGUCUGUUCGAGGUCGGAGAAGAGUUCUGCGUCAUCGACGAAGUAGAGGACGUGUCUGAAGAUGAUUCUUUGGCACUCCUUACCGAUGCAUCCAAACAGCCACAUGAUCUCCGACCACCAACAAGCCUGGAAGUCAAAGGAAAGGAACUUGAAUUGCCUCAGAGGUCUUUUGGUGACCUGAACGAAACUCGGUCUGGGAAAGCCGACGGUACGGAUACCAAGAUGCAAGAUGGUUUAGAAUUACGUCGUACUAGAUGUAUUUCUCAGCACAAAUCUGUGAUGGACAAAACUUCUGUUUCUGAACUCUCUAAACAAGAUAAACCGGUUGAAAAUCCCACUGAUGUCAACUACAAAGAAGGUCCUCAGGCUUCUGUGAAGAAAAACAAGGAGAGGAGAAGAACCGGUGCUAAGGAUUCUGGUGAACAAGACGGAAUAGAUGAUAAACCAGAGGAAUCAGCAGUUCAGAAUAAAACAUCUCAGAAGAAAUCUGUCAUGCCGAAUACUCCUCCUACAGACCCCUCUGUGUGUUUAGAAGUUGUUUCGAGCACUGUCGGUUUGGAAAAUAACAACCGAUGCAAAGAAACAAUAUCUGUUUCAGACAUGGAAAUCACACAAGUCACAUUUGAGAAUGCAGAUCCCUGUCCAGGCCCACAAAUGGGGCCAAGCACCGAGCCGGCGAACAUCACGACCACAGCCCGAGAGUCGGGAACAUCACCCGAACAAGCGAGCUCCUCUGAGCCUGAUUCCACCGAGAACGAGAUUCCCAAACCUUCCCAGUCUGUAGUGGAGCAUUAUGAUGAAGAUUCCAUGAUGCUGACUCUGAGCAACAUUAAGGUUAUUCCAGAACUCAUCAGUCCUUUAACAAGCCCAAUACGCCAGAUAAAGAAAGUCCAGCAGCAGCAAAACGGAAAAGAGUCCCAUGUCAAAAGUCUCAGCAAAGAUUUCUCUUCAUCUGCCACAGUGGCAGAUAAGGACGCAGUCAAGAUGGACAUGAACAAAGAAAACAAGAGACCUGAUUCCUUAGUACCACCUAGUGUGCAGAAAGAUCAGCAAGAGGCGCUUUCCUCGACUGUUCCCGAAGAAGACUUGGAAGAAGGGGAAAUUAUCAGUGAGAGUGAUGGAGAAGGUGCUCUGGUCAUUCAGAGUCCUCCAAAUGAAAAAAGAGCAAGUUUAAGGAAUCAGUCGAGUCCCAGAUCUCCUAGCUUACAAAAGAAGUCUCAAAUUGUUACUCCCAGACAGAAACAAAAAAAACCCACAACUUCUAAAGACAGUCCGUCCUCGAACAAGAGGCGUUUCAAAACCGUCACCGUCCCACCCAAGGCGAAAAUAUCAACAUCUGCUGAAUUUAUGAACAUGUUAUUAUUUAUUCGUUCAGAGCUGAGACGGAAAUACAUGAAACUUCAUAAAAACGUCACCAAACCAGCUUUUAUCUGUAUCGUUGAAAUGUCCCAAGCUUCAUACACAGAAUAUGUUGACAGCAUCAACUUUGACAAAUUUUGCAGUCAAGGAAAUCGUAUCAAACCUCUGCUCAAUAAGAUCAUCCAGACGUUAAUGGCCAAGGUGUCCGACAACGGCAUCGUGAACCGGAUCUUCGAGCAACAAGCCGAAGAUCUCAAGCAGAAGCUGUGGAACUUUGUCGACGGUCAGUUCGAUUUUCUGUUUAAGGAACUAAAAGCAGCGCUUAAAAGUGCUACAGAUCUCCAGAAGAAUAAAACGGCGUCAGAAAGAAAGGAGUCGAAUCCUAGCGCCAAAGAGGAUGCGUUUAAGCUACGACCUAAAGAACCUUUGAGCACAACCGAAAACAGACCACGUAUAAAAUCUAAGGGUGAAACAGACCGUGAAGGACAAAAGGUCCAGGAGCAGACAAGAAGUUCACAUAGCUUGCCAUGUAGAGGUCUUGGCAGCAGUGGGAAAAACAUCAAGGCCACCAUGGAGGAGGAGGCCAAGGUACUAGAAGUACCCCCAUAUAACCAUUCUAAUCAGCAGCAAGUGGUUUCAGCCUCUGAGAAAUCUCUUCAUGAAAAUGUCCCUGCACCUGAGAACAUACCCUCCAACUAUACCCGACGUCUUUCUCACACCGGAUCGAUACAAGACAGGGCAGACUUUGAGAUACUGACAGAGCAGCAAACGUCAAGUUUGACCUUUAAUUUGGUAACCGAUUCCCAAAUGGGAGAUAUAUUCAGAUGUCUCUUGCAAGGGUCUGAUCUACUCGAGAAUAGCGAUCAUCCAAACUGGCCUCUCAGCACUCCGAGGAAAGAAUGUCAAGCUGGAGACAAUCUCCUGGGGGUCAUAACACCCAGCAAGAUGAUAACACCAUCGAAGCUCAUCACAACAUGGACAUCCGUUUCACCUUACAAGUUUCAAAUGCCGUUAAAUCCGGCGCUCCUCGAUGAAAACUGCAUGUUAGAGGUCCCGUCUAACGCUGUUCCUAACCAGUUGGUCGCUGCCGUGGCCACAGCGAGUUCCCAGCAGCAUUACUCUAUCUUGGCAGAAGAUUUGGCCGUAUCUCUUACCAUUCCCUCACCCUUGAAAUCAGACUGCCACUUGAGCUUUUUGAACCCAGAUAGCGGACAUCCGCUGUCCACACCGAGCAACGUCAUCAGUGCGCACUACAGCGAGGAUGCACUUCUCGACGGAGAAGAUGCCACAGAGCAAGAUAUUCAUUUGUCUCUUGAAACGGACAACUCCAGCAGUCCGUCAAGUACCAGUGGAAAUUGGGAAGCGUUCCAGUUUAAACCGAACUUGCCUAUGCAGGCAGAGGUAAUGGAGAGGUCCAACGAUCACUUUAUAGUUCGGAUCAGACAAACGUCUGUCGGGGUGUCAGAGGAUCCCGUGGAGAAGCACAAAGAAACACUGCCAGCUGCAGAGGAUUUGUCUUCCCAUAGGGUGAACCUGAGUCUACCCGUGGCAGGUAGGCCUCAGGUCACUUCAAGUGAAGAAGAAAUAUUACAGAAGAAUAACUCAGAAGAAGUCCUAGAAAGAGGCAGUUCAGCCAUCUCGCCCAAAGCCACUGAGAGCCAGAUUGUGGAAGCUCACGUAGAUGCCGUUCCCGCGGGAGUCGAAGCUCACGUAGAUGCCGUUCCCGCGGGAGUCGAAGCUCACGUAGAUGCCGAUCCCGCAGGAAUCGAAGCUCACAUAGAUGCCGAUCCCGCUGGAGUCGCUGCUGCUGCCACAGAAUCCGAACACGUGGUGGAGGACUCAUGCCAACGUGAGUCUAGGAAGCGUAAGAAACACCAUUCGGGUUCAAAAGCAAAACGCUCUAGAAGAGAGAAAUCGCAAGACAAACCAGAAAAGCAAAGGCACAAAAAGAGGUCAAAAACAACCAAGGAAAAAAACGAGAGGACUCCGUUAAAGAAGAUCAAGACUCCGUCUCCUCAGUUGUCUCCGAACAGUCUCUCGGCUAAGAACGUAAUCAGGAAAAAAGGAGAGGUUGUUGCGACAUGGACUAGGGAGGAAGACCGAGAUAUUCUCGUUGCACUCAAAACGAAAGGACCAUCCUCGAAAACAUUCGCCGCUCUGGCGUCCAAGUUGGGAAAGUCAGAAGCACAGAUCGAAGAACGGUUCAGCCAGCUCAUGAAACUGUUUAAAAAGAAAGAGAAAAUGGGAAGCUGAGCAAUCGAGGCUGUAGGAUCAUGGCUAACUUUUCUUAUUCUUGGUGCGACAGGAGUUCACACGCCACAGGCGAAAAAACCGGGAGAACGUUUUUGACACUGGAUUUUAAAAAGCUGGAGAAUUAUUAUUUUUUUUUCUCUCUUUUAAGGACAAAAGCACUGCAAAAUAAUUUACCAUACUCCGGUUCUGAGUAAACGACGCCUUCAGUUAUGUUUAUACGUCAUUAUGUUAAAUUCUGAGCGCGAGCCGAAAACCGUAGACGUCGACGGCACUCGCUUCAUUUUGUACCGAUAGAGUUUUUUUUUUUAUGUAAUGUUCUUUAAAUGAAGGUGAAAGUCAGCUGUUUAAUAGAGAUUAAUAACUGAAAAGUUUUGUUUUUGUUUUUUUUCUUCAUAACUUGAUGUCUGAACUGAACCUGAGGUGAUUUAAUGGCUCACCAUUAAAGACACUUGAGUCGUGUGUUUUUGCCCAGUACCAUCUACCUCUAAGAGAAUAUAAGUGCUUGAACGAGAAGCAAAAAGUACCGAAAGACCCAUAUACCUGUGUUCAAGAAGUUAAAUACCCCCAAAAUAUAAACUGUCACCAACAUUACUAUACAGACCUUAGUUCCUUUUACUUCGUAUACAAUUAGCUUCAACCGUAUUAGCGAUCCAAAUCAAACCCACAAAAAUAAUUCUGACCGAAGCAAAUCGAUCCGUUCUCUAAAAAGGCUCUAUAUACGUACGCAGGCUUUCGGUUGUUCGUGACAAUUCGUAGCUACCAAUUAAACGAUUAAAUUUUUUCCGUUUUGUUGUCCUGCACUCAGGAUUUUUUUUUGCUUCUCAGAUCAUCACCAGGCCCGAAGGCUUGUCUUGUAUAUAUGACGAACGUGAGAUUUGUCGGAAGGCUUUUAUUACUUAAUAAAUUUGUACUAUUUUUUUAUGUUGCCCUGAAUGCAGUGAUUGCGAGAGAGCCUUCUGUCAAACUUACUGUCUGUAAAUAGUGUACAAUGCUUUUCACUUUUUAAAAUAAAGUUAAUUUAUUUCA